CGUCGUAAGCAGUAAGCCUGUGCGUAGUGUGCUCAAUGGCCGCCGCGAUCGUUCACCCGCCGCAAUAGCCAUCGCCGCCCGACGAUACGCUCGCUCGAGCCGUUCUCUGUUUUCCGACGUCACCGAUCCGCCGUUAGAUACGCAAAUCUCUCGACCGCUGUCCGUUUCUCGCGGCCCACGAACUUCGGUCAGCAACGACCAUUGACAAGCACACGAAUCGGACACGGCCUGUCGCCCCACGACUUACGCACCGGGACGCCCAGCACUAUCUCGUGAUCGCCACUGAGCUCUGGACAACUUCAGACGACCAGGCAUACGAUUCACUUCCAGACAGACUUUUUGACCGACAAGCUUUGUAACGUCCUGCUGUUGAAGAUUGUUCGUUAGCAACUAUGUCGGUUCCUAGCCAAUUGAAAAUUGACAACUGGGGUAAUUUCUUUAUGCAGCGCCUCAACAACUUGGCCAAAAAAGAUGAAUAUUGCGACUAUACCAUUCGUUCAGUGGCAAAUGAAUCUUUCAAAGUUCACAGAGUUGUCUUAAAUACGUGUUCAGACUAUUUUGUGUCCCACCCAAGUACUGACAAAAUUAUGACAAUGCCUGUACAUCUAGACUUUGAUGCAGUUAAGAGUGUUAUCAUGUUUAUGUAUACCGGACAACUUCAUUUCACUGAAGACAAUCGUAUGAGUUUAAUUGAAGUAGCUGAUAUGUUACAAGUUACUGUUUUACUUAAGCUUCUGGAGUCACAGAAUGGAGUAAACAAAAUAACUCCUAAGUAUCACUCUCCACAAGCUUCGACGUCAAGAACUCAUUCAGCAAUUGCACUAAAUCAAUAUAGGCCUGCAAAGAAACCAAUCUCUCAAACCAAUACAACCGUUAGAUCACCACCAGAACAUACACCCGCAUCUACUUUUAUUAAUACAAUGAAAGUAAAAGAUGUUUUGAGUGAGAAUAAACCAAUGCGGUUUGAAUGUGAUGCUGAUGAUGUACCUGAGUUUAUAGAACAAACUUUUGAAUUACCCAAGUACGAUAGCGCACCUUUAAUUAAACAAGAAAAUAGUGAGAGUGCAAAGGCCAUGCUGAAAAGAGCUUCUAAUGGAGAAUUGAUUGAUAAGAGCAUGGACAAGGGUCAUAAAACUCAAGUCAUUAAAUGUGAGGCUCAAAAUAUAUUAUCACCAGCGGGCAAGAAAUUGAAAAUUGUCAGUGAUACGGAUCCAGAGAACACCAAUAGCAAAGUAGUGCAAGAAAUUUUAAAGAAAUAUCCACAUUUAUUGCAAAGUAAAGGUAACAUUAAAUUGAAAAUUAUGUCUAGUACUAACCAAAGCCAGUUUGAAAGCAUAAUUAUCAACACUCCUAAUUCAGUCGAGAAAAUAUUACCAGUCGGAAGCGGUGUUAAAAAACCAAUUACCACUCACAAAGUCAAGCCGGAUAUUAUGAACAUAAAUGGGCCUUGGUCCUGUAAUCUUUGUGGAACUGAGACCAAUCCAUUGAAGUUAGAGUCUUAUUUAAUAUAUAGGAGACAUUUGGUAGAAAAACAUAAUGAAAAAGAAGACACUAGAGUUUGUGAACACUGUGGACACUUUUCUGUACGCAAGAGCUUACAAAUACAUCACAUGUUCACAAAACACAAAAUUCAACCGCCUGCUGAUUUCAAGUUUCCUCAAUGUGACGAUUGUGGGUUUGUUGCUACAACCGAAGUUCAUCUAAAACGACAUAAGAGUUUGGAGAAAUGUGGCAUUAAACCACAAACAAAAACAGAGUAUGGAAAUUAUACAUGUGCUGAGUGUGAUAGGACUUUCCGUUCAAGUUUGAUGCUUAAAGGGCAUUUGAGAAAUUUCCAUAAAGUUGAUGACAUUAUCCCUUCAACUUCAUCAACCAAAGAGCUAUUGAUUUCUGUUAUUGAUAAUAUACCACCUGGGUCCAAAGUUUUAGCUGAAAAUAAUAUUAUAAAUGAAACAGACGAUCUAGGAAAAGGCGAAGAAGUCAUCUACAGUGAAGAAACUACAGAAGUAGAAACUGUGACACUGGAAGAUGCUGAACGAGUACUUGAAGAAAAUGAUGAUGAUUGUAAAUCGACUGUACCAGUUGACCUCACAGAGGAGUGGGAUGAUUUUGAUGAUGUGGAUACAAACAAAAAUGAAGAGUCAGACAAAGAAGAUAACAGAGAUGCUAAACCUUGUAGGAUAGAAUUGGAGUGAGUCAAAAAUAAAAUUUUAUCAUUCAAAUCUUCAGAAUAUUGUUGUACUGUAAUAAAAUGUAGUAUUUGUUAUCAUCCAAUACCAUUUUUGUAAUAUGUAUUAUAUAUUUGUACAUCUCUUUUAGUUAAUGAAAAAAACCACGACUGGAUAUAAAUUGGUACUAAAGAUUUAAAAAAAUUAACAAUUAUUUAUUUAUAUAUUGUACCUAAAUAACUAUUAUUUACCAUUUAGUGCUUAAUAUUAGAUUAAAAAUAUUAAUUUGUCAGAUACCUUUAUAGUGGAUGGUAGGUACCUAUAGUAUUUUUAGUCAGUGAUUAUAAUAUUAGGAAUUUUGAAUAUUGUAAAACAAUUUAUUCGAUACCAUACUACCAUUAAACAUUAUAUGUAUACUUUGUAUUUGUGUAAUACAUUACAUAUAAUAAUGCAAUGGA